UUGGAAGACACACAUCUUGCGUUGGAAGACACACAUCUUGCGGUACGUCUAGAACCCCUAACAUGGCAUGUGGCGAGGGCCCUGGUGGAUUUCCUUCAAGCCUUUAGUUGGAACAUUGCCCUGGUUGUGUACAAUACCAACGUUCCGGGCUCCCAGUUGCUCGUCAACGAGUUAAAAUAUCUACAGGAAGAACGGGACAUACAGGAUCACCCGAACCACUUUCAGUACGUUUGUUUUUCGAGUUCUCACAUCACCUUUUUCAUGCGAAAGUUCAGCCCCAACUUCUAG